AUGAAUGUAGAAUUAGUAACUUUUAACUUUUAGUUCCACUGAUUUUAGUCACAUAUGUCCGGGGAAAGGGGUUCUUGACAGUUAGUUUUUUUUUGCUCUAGAAUUUUGACUGAUAGAUACCUUCACCGUGUGUCCCCUAUACCGGAUAUUGUCAGUUGUGUACUGUAUAUUGGAAUUGGUGUACGGCAAUUUGGAUAGUCAACAAGACAACAAGCAGAAGUCAGGGAAGCGUGGUAUUUGAUAUUGUGCGUAGAAGCAUGACAUCGAAGAUGUUGCUCAUCUGUUUGGCUGUUGUUUGUCUGGCGUACAAGACAAGUGCAUAUAGUUCUUGCCAAGACAUAUACAUGGCCGACAACCGGAACUCAAAUGGAAACUACGUCAUUCAUCACAAUGGGAGCGCAAUCAAUGUGUAUUGUUCAUUCGAAAGUAACUAUGGUUACACGUACAUCUCUAAACAGUCAUAUAAUACAGAACUUAACAUAAGUUUAUUGUAUACCACUUUAGAUUUUGCCAAGAUUCGCCAUAGAAAAAGCAAUGGUAUUCAAAAAGAAGUUAUCGUAGAAAACUUGUCUUCGUUCCAAAGUCGGUCUACUUUAUAUUUUGGUUACAACGCCAAUACUUCGUAUCAAGGACCAGAUAGGAAUAACGUAGGUUUAAAACCGUACUUAUUUCUCGGCUUUUUACCAGAGAGUUUUCUAAGAAACUAUGAAACACAAGGGUACCGCGCAGCUGGAAAAGACUUCACUUUUAAAAAUUGUGAUAAAAAUCCGAACAGUUAUAUCACAUUUUACUAUAAUCCCAACAAUACAACACCUGGUAGGCUGGGUUAUACCAAUCACUUCAUGAAGGGGUGGAUAGAUGAAUCUGAACUAUUGCCAAUGAACAACUAUAUGGAUACUGAUUUUUACUUUGACUGGGAAAUGCACAUGGGCGGAUGUGGUGGUUUCAUGACGUCACACUGUCUGUCAAACAACAGAGCGGCACUUGGAUUACCAUUUAGCAUCAAACCAUGUGACGGUCUUAAUUGUCAAAAUGGCGGAAGUUGUGAUUCAUCCGUGUCACCAGCCUGUUGUAUAUGUGUCGGGAAUUACUUCGGUGACAGAUGUGAAAAUAUUAAUGGUGGAUGGACAGAAUGGUCAGUCUGGAGUGAUUGUCCGGAUACUUGUGGUGAUGAGAACCUUACUAGGACUAGAUCCUGCACAAAUCCUUCUCCAGAAAACAACGGAACAGUUUGUCAAGGGCACACCUCGGAAACAAUUUCAUGUACUACAGCAAAAUGUCCAGUUAAUGGGGGAUGGACAGAAUGGUCAGUCUGGAGUGAUUGUCCAGAAACUUGCGGUGAUGAAUACCUGACAAGGACUAGAUCCUGCACAAAUCCUUCUCCCGAAAAUAACGGGACAGAUUGUCAAGGAAACAACACGGAAACACUUUCAUGUUCUACAGCACAAUGUCCAGUGAAUGGUGGAUGGACCGAAUGGUCAGUCUGGAGUGAUUGUCCAGAAACCUGUAGUGACGAAAUACUCAUCAGGACUAGAUCAUGUACAAAUCCUUCUCCAGACAAUAACGGAACAGCUUGUCAAGGAAACACCACGGAAACAAUUUCAUGUUCUACAGCAAAAUGUCCAGUUAAUGGGAAAUGGACAGAAUGGUCAGUCUGGAGUGAUUGUCCAGAAACUUGCGGGGAUGAAGACCUUAUUAGGACUAGAUCAUGUACAAAUCCUUCACCAGGAAAUAACGGAACAGUUUGUCAAGGAAGCAACACGGAAACAAUUUCUUGUACUACAGCACAAUGUCCAGUGAAUGGUGGAUGGACCGAAUGGUCAAUCUGGAGUGAUUGUCCAGAAACUUGUGAUGAUGAGGACCUUACCAGGACUAGAUCCUGCACAAAUCCUUCUCCAGAAAAUAACGGAACAGUUUGUCAAGGAAACACCACGGAAACAAUUUCAUGUCACACUGCAAAUUGUCCAGUUAAUGGUGGAUGGACAGAAUGGUCAGUCUGGAGUGAUUGUCCAAAAACCUGCGGAGAUGAAGACCUUAUUAGAACUAGAUCAUGUUCAAACCCCUCACCGGAAAAUAACGGAACAGUUUGUCAAGGAAGCAACACGGAAACAAUUCCUUGUACUACAGCACAAUGUCCAGUGAACGGUGGAUGGACUGAAUGGUCAGUCUGGAGUGAUUGUCCAGAUACUUGCGGUGAUGAGGACCUUAUUAGGACUAGAUCAUGUACUAAUCCUUCUCCAGAAAAUAACGGAACAGUUUGCCAAGGACACGACUCGGAAACAAUUCCAUGUUACACUGCAAAUUGUCCAGUUAAUGGUGGAUGGACAGAAUGGUCAGUCUGGAGUGAUUGUCCAGAAACUUGCGGAAAUGAAGACCUUAUUAGAACUAGAUCAUGUACAAAUCCUUCGCCGGAAAAUAACGGAACAGUUUGUCAAGGAAGCAACACGGAAACAAUUUCUUGUACUACAGCACAAUGUCCAGUGAACGGUGGAUGGACUGAAUGGUCAGCCUGGAGUGAUUGUCCAGAUACUUGUAAUGAUGAGGACCUUAUUAGGACUAGAUCAUGUACGAAUCCUUCUCCAGAAAAUAACGGAACAGUUUGCCAAGGACACGACUCGGAAACAAUUCCAUGUUACACUGCAAAUUGUCCAGUUAAUGGUGGAUGGACAGAAUGGUCAGUCUGGAGUGAUUGUCCAGAAACUUGCGGAAAUGAAGACCUUAUUAGAACUAGAUCAUGUACAAAUCCUUCGCCGGAAAAUAACGGAACAGUUUGUCAAGGAAGCAACACGGAAACAAUUUCUUGUACUACAGCACAAUGUCCAGUGAACGGUGGAUGGACUGAAUGGUCAGCCUGGAGUGAUUGUCCAGAUACUUGUAAUGAUGAGGACCUUAUUAGGACUAGAUCAUGUACAAAUCCUUCUCCAGAAAAUAACGGAACAGUUUGCCAAGGACACGACUCGGAAACAAUUCCAUGUUACACUGCAAAUUGUCCAGUUAAUGGUGGAUGGACAGAAUGGUCAGUCUGGAGUGAUUGUCCAGAAACUUGCGGAAAUGAAGACCUUAUUAGAACUAGAUCAUGUACAAAUCCUUCGCCGGAAAAUAACGGAACAGUUUGUCAAGGAAGCAACACGGAAACAAUUUCUUGUACUACAGCACAAUGUCCAGUGAACGGUGGAUGGACUGAAUGGUCAGUCUGGAGUGAUUGUCCAGAUACUUGCGGUGAUGAGGACCUUAUUAGGACUAGAGCAUGUACUAAUCCUUCUCCAGAAAAUAACGGAACAGUUUGCCAAGGACACGACUCGGAAACAAUUCCAUGUUACACUGCAAAUUGUCCAGUUAAUGGUGGAUGGACAGAAUGGUCAGUCUGGAGUGAUUGUCCAGAAACUUGCGGAAAUGAAGACCUUAUUAGAACUAGAUCAUGUACAAAUCCUUCGCCGGAAAAUAACGGAACAGUUUGUCAAGGAAGCAACACGGAAACAAUUUCUUGUACUACAGCACAAUGUCCAGUGAACGGUGGAUGGACUGAAUGGUCAGUCUGGAGUGAUUGUCCAGAUACUUGCGGUGAUGAGGACCUUAUUAGGACUAGAGCAUGUACUAAUCCUUCUCCAGAAAAUAACGGAACAGUUUGCCAAGGACACGAUUCGGAAACAAUUCCAUGUUACACUGCAAACUGUCCAGUUAAUGGUGGAUGGACAGAAUGGUCAGUCUGGAGUGAUUGUCCAGAAACUUGCGGAAAUGAAGACCUUAUUAGAACUAGAUCAUGUACAAAUCCUUCGCCGGAAAAUAACGGAACAGUUUGUCAAGGAAGCAACACGGAAACAAUUUCUUGUACUACAGCACAAUGUCCAGUGAACGGUGGUUGGACUGAAUGGUCAGUCUGGAGUGAUUGUCCAGAUACUUGCGGUGAUGAGGACCUUUUUAGAACUAGAUCAUGUGCAAAUCCUUCUCCAGAAAAUAACGGAACAGUUUGCCAAGGACACGACUCGGAAACAAUUCCAUGUUACACUGCAAAUUGUCCAGUUAAUGGUGGAUGGACAGAAUGGUCAGUCUGGAGUGAUUGUCCAGAAACUUGCGGAAAUGAAGACCUUAUUAGAACUAGAUCAUGUACAAAUCCUUCGCCGGAAAAUAACGGAACAGUUUGUCAAGGAAGCAACACGGAAAUAAUUUCUUGUACUACAGCACAAUGUCCAGUUAAUGGUGGAUGGACUGAAUGGUCAGUCUGGAGUGAUUGUCCAGAAACUUGCGGAGAUGAAGACCUUAUUAGAACUAGAUCCUGUACAAAUCCUUCGCCGGAAAAUAACGGAACAGUUUGUCAAGGAAGCAACACGGAAAUAAUUUCUUGUACUACAGCACAAUGUCCAGUGAACGGUGGAUGGACUGAAUGGUCAGUCUGGAGUGAUUGUCCAGAAACUUGCGGAGAUGAAGACCUUAUUAGAACUAGAUCCUGUACAAAUCCUUCGCCGGAAAAUAACGGAACAGUUUGUCAAGGAAGCAACACGGAAAUAAUUUCUUGUACUACAGCACAAUGUCCAGUGAACGGUGGAUGGACUGAAUGGUCAGUCUGGAGUGAUUGUCCAGAUACUUGCGGUGAUGAGGACCUUAUUAGGACUAGAUCAUGUACAAAUCCUUCUCCAGAAAAUAAUGGAACAGUUUGCCAAGGACACGACUCGGAAACAAUUCCAUGUUACACUGCAAAUUGUCCAGUUAAUGGUGGAUGGACAGAAUGGUCAGUCUGGAGUGAUUGUCCAGAAACUUGCGGAGAUGAAGACCUAAUUAGAACUAGAUCCUGUACAAAUCCUUCGCCUGAAAAUAACGGAACAGUUUGUCAAGGAAGCAACACGGAAACAAUUUCUUGUACUACAGCACAAUGUCCAGUGAACGGUGGAUGGACUGAAUGGUCAGUCUGGAGUGGUUGUCCAGAUACUUGCGGUGAUGAGGACCUUAUUAGGACUAGAUUAUGUACAAAUCCUUCUCCAGAAAAUAACGGAACAGUUUGCCAAGGACACGACUCGGAAACAAUUCCAUGUUACACUGCAAAUUGUCCAGUUAAUGGUGGAUGGACAGAAUGGUCAGUCUGGAGUGAUUGUCCAGAAACUUGCGGAAAUGAAGACCUUAUUAGAACAAGAUCAUGUACAAAUCCUUCGCCGGAAAAUAACGGAACAGUUUGUCAAGGAAGCAACACGGAAAUAAUUUCUUGUACUACAGCACAAUGUCCAGUUAAUGGUGGAUGGACCGAAUGGUCAGUCUGGAGUGAUUGUCCAGAAACGUGCGGUGAUGAAGACCUUAUUAGGACUAGAUCAUGUACAAAUCCUUCUCCAGAAAAUAACGGAACAGUUUGUCAAGGAAACAACACGGAAACAAUUUCAUGUUACACAGCAAACUGUCCAGUUAAUGGUGGAUGGACAGAAUGGUCAGUCUGGAGUGAUUGUCCAGAAACUUGCGGAGAUGAAGACCUUAUUAGAACUAGAUCAUGUACAAAUCCUUCGCCGGAAAAUAACGGAACAGUUUGCCAAGGGAGCAACACGGAAACAAUUUCAUGUUCUACAGCACAAUGUCCAGUGAAUGGAGGAUGGUCAACUUGGACACCAUGGUCAAGCUGUCCGGAAACGUGCAAUGGUGAAACUUUAAAUCGUACCAGAUCAUGCUCAAACCCAGAAUCUGACAACAAUGGGACGGAUUGUCAGGGAAAUGAUAUAGAGUACAUGUCUUGUCAAGAAGCACCAUGUCCAGUUAAUGGAGGAUGGACAACUUGGACACCAUGGUCAAGCUGUCCGGAAACGUGUAAUGAUGAAUAUCUAAAUCGUACAAGAUCCUGCUCAAAUCCGGCUUCUGUCAACAAUGGAACAGAUUGCCAAGGGAAUGAUAUAGAGUUCAAGUCAUGUCAAACAGCAGAUUGUCCAGUGAAUGGAGGAUGGACAACUUGGAGUUCAUGGACAAGCUGUCCGGAAACGUGCAAUGGUGAAAAAUUAAGUCGAACCAGAUCCUGUUCCAACCCAGAGUCUGACAACAAUGGGACAGAUUGUCAGGGAAUAGAUAUAGAGUAUAUUUCCUGCCAAGAAGCAAAAUGUCCAGUGAAUGGACAGUGGUCAACUUGGACAUCAUGGACAAGCUGUCCGGAAACGUGUAAUGGUGAAUAUCUAAAUCGUACCAGAACCUGCUCAAACCCAGCCUCUGAGAAUAAUGGAACAGAUUGCCAAGGAGAUGAUAUAGAGUUCAAGUCAUGUCAAACAGCAGAUUGUCCAGUGGAUGGAAGCUGGACAUCAUGGUCAUCUUGGAGUGAUUGUCCGGACAACUGCAAUGGAGAGAUUUUGUCGAGGAAGAGAAAUUGUACAAACCCUAUGCCACAAAAUGGAGGGAAACAAUGCAUUGGGAAUGAAACUGAAACGUCCUCGUGUGAAGCCAUUGGCUGUCCAUGUAUAGUUGAUGGUGGAUGGUCACCGUGGUCAUCAUGGAGUGCUUGUCCAUAUAGCUGUCAUGGGCACGUAUUGACAAGGGACAGAACUUGUACAAACCCUGUACCGACACAUGGCGGGACAGAUUGCACUGGAAAUAGUACAGACACGACGUCGUGUGAAUCUCAAGGAUGCCCAUGCAAAGGCUAUCUUCACUUUGACAUGGGAAGUGGCUUCACGAGAUUAAGCUUCAAUUGGAAACUGUUUGGAGUUCUAUCUGCAGUGUUAUUUGUGUGGCGAUGAUGAUUGGUGUCUAUUGUUGGAUGUAUGCCAGUGAUAAAACUGACAUUUGUAGAUCAAUCUAAUCUGUGUACUGACACCACGUGACUGACACACGCGAACACAAUAAGCAUGUGUUGGCAAAUAGUAAUCCAUUAAGGGUUGAUGGAAACAUGUAAGACCGGAAGACACUUUUCUUUCGAUUCAUUAUAAUUGUAUCACAAUGGAAUUUUUUUCGAAAGUGUCAUGGAAGCAUUGCUUAUGUAUUUUGUUGGCCCUCGAACAUAAAAACCGCAUUUUGUUUUGUUAAUUAUAUGCUUUAGGGAUGUUCGGUAUUCCGUUUCCAAAUAACUUUUUUUUUUAAAUGUUAUAAAUCGAUAAUAUAUAAUACAGGGACUAAAAAAUAGUAUAAAUGAUGGGUCCGUGUGUUUUUUUAUUUCGAGAUAUAAGUCAAUGAAAAUUUGGUGGAAAGUAAUUCUCUCAAGACUUAAUUUGCAUACAUUAAAAUUGGAACCCUUUUUCUCACUCAAAUUAUGAAAAUUAACUAGGCUUUAAUAGGAUUUUCAAAUAUUAUUUUUUAAUUAAUACAUGUAUAUGAUAUCUAUAGUUAAGUAAAAAGGAAGGGGUUAGCUGGGAAUAUUUUUUAUUCUUUCUAAAUGGAUAAAACCAGAGGAUUCAUCAUAUCUAGCAAAACUUAAAAAACAAGAGAAGCGAACAUCCUUUAACCAUCAAAGUUUUAGACGAAACUUAUAAACAUGAGCUUCUAUAACUAGUUGUUUUCAGGGUUUUGAAAUUAAUGUAGAAGUUCAAAUGUUUUUAUUGUUUAGUCAAACUAUGCAUUUCCUAUUCUUCUGUGACCUUAUGUGCCUACAACUGCUACUUUAUAUUGUAAAUACAAUCACUACAUUGCUGUUAUUUCAUUUUUUUCGUCAUUGAUGUUUUAUUUUUAAAGCGGCUAUUUAUUGGGCCAUUCCAGUUAAUUUCUGACAGAUGGGGAGAUUUCUUUUUAUACGUAUCAGAAAAAAACAUCAUGAAAAACUACCUAUCAGAUCUAAAAAUUAAGACCUAUCAGAUGUAGUGUUUCUGUUCAUAUUGGGUGGAUGGGCUUUCAUGGGGGAAAAUGACCUAUCAAAAUUUAGGAUUGUAUCCAUCAAAAUGUUAAACACAAUACAAGAUAAUGCAUGAUACGAAACUGUUUACAUUUCAAAGCACCCCUAAGAUCUAACAUAGGCAUUUUUGUAACCCCUAAGAUGUAAUUAUUUUUAUUUAUUUACUGCUGCAAUACCCUCAGAAUUGUUUUGCGUAUAAGUGAAAGUGUCAGAUGAAAAAACCUAUAAUUUCACCCCUAAGAUGUAUAAAUUUUACAUCCCUCAGAAAGGACCAUCCAUCCCCCUUUAGCAGAUAUUAACUGGAAUGGCCCAUUAGACUGCACGAGCUUGAAGCUCUAUUUCUAUUUCUACUUUGUUAUGUGGUUAUAUGACUGUCGGUGUUCUUUGGAAUUCAUCUCCAUGGGUACUGAGAUGGCGUCUAGUCUGAAAUACGCACGAAAUUUUGAUACAUUUUUAUUCAUUUAACUAAUUAAGACUUUUUUAAAUGAUAUUUAUUAUAAUAGUUUGUUCUUGUGAUGUACUUGUUAACCUUUGGCACAGGUUAAGGGUAGGGUUGAUAUCUCAGCGCUUACAUGUUUAACCCCUCAACAUUAUGUACGUAUGUGCCUAUCCCAAGUCAAGAGCCUGUAAAUCAGUGGUUGUAGUUCGUUGCUGUGUUUAUAUUUCUUUUUGUUCACUUUUUUGUUUAACGUGUUUUUUACAUUUGCAAUUUUGGGGCAUUAAAUAGCUGACUAUGUUGUAUGGGCCGUGCUCAUUGUUUGAGUCUGUGUGGUGAUAGUUGUUAAUUUCUGUGUCAUUUGGUCUCUCGAAAAGAGAUGUUUCAUUUACAUAGACAACAUCCUCUUUUUUAUAUUUCUUUUUUUCUUUUUAAAUUUUUGUAAUCUGAAUAUACGUUUAUCAAACAUGAGAAUUUGAAUCAGAUCGGUAAAUGUGAAUUUUACAGUUAAUGCCACCUUUUGUGUAUAUACAUGUACAGGGUGUUUUUGUUGUUCUGUAAAUAUUGGCUUUUGUGUAAAAAAAAUCUAUCUGUGAUUAUUUUUUUGUAUAUUUGUAUGCAUAUAAAAAUAUGUAAAUUUAAUACUGAAUUGAUUUAUAUACAUCUGUUAGCUCAUAGAUGGUUCGCUAUCUCGUCAUUUUACCAGGCAUAAUGUACUAAAAUACUUUUAGUUUUAUUUUGUAUUAUUUUUUAUUUCAUUGUUCAAUUUUGAGAAUACAAAUAAAAUUUCUGCUUUUACAGUAUGUAGUUGGCGCAUCAACCAAUCUUGUUCUGCAUCUCAUGGAGUGCAUGUAUUUCCCCUUUCUCUAGAAUUAGAUUAUGUUUCAUUUAUUCACCCCUCUCUUUUAAAAUCAUUAGAGAAUACUCCUACUAUUCAUAAAUGACGAGCGGCAAAUAAUGUUGUUUUUUUUUGUUGUCGUUAUUUAUGUAUAUUUUGUGCUUUGCUUUUUUGUCUGUUUUGUUAACUUUUGUAUCUAUUAUUUGUGUAUUUCUUAGUCAUGUGUGUAAUCUGUUUAAACUAUAUAUCCGUCCAAUUGAAUAAUAAAUAUUUUACAUGCUGUAA